UUAGUGUAAACCGGAUGUAUACAAAAGUUUUUGACUUAAUUAUUACUUGUAUGUAGUGUACUUUGUAUUUAGUAAACUACUCAAUGUAACGUAAAUUACUAUGAUAAAUGGGCCUAGGUCACAACUAUAAUGAGUUUCCAUUUUAUAAGACCAAGGAGGUACCACCUUUGUAAGGAAUUGAAACUACCUAAACUAUAAAAGUAGUAUGUUAAGCCCAUUAUUAGGAAACCCACAUGUCAGUGAAAGUUUUUUUUAUCCCACAUUAAAAGAGAAGCUUGCCCUGCUUAGUGAUAAACAAUUUUAGUUUACAAAGUUUACAACAAAAUUUAUCCAAUCAUCAUUAACUAUGGAGCCCAAAUUCAUGAAAAAGUUAUUGAAUUAUUUUCGAAAAUCAUGUGAUAAACAAUCACAGAGAGAAGCUUAUAUUUUCUCUUAAAAUAAAGAGUAAAAGUGUUAAAAAGUGUAUCCCACAUUGAAGUAAUAAGAAAGUUGUGCCUACUUUAUAAGGUUAAGGGGGUACCUCCUUAAUAUAAAAAUUGAAUUAAACUAAACGACAGUAAGGGCUUGUUCUCAUACGUUUAUUUUCAGUUUAGUUCAGUUCAGUUCAGCUGAUUUUAGCCUAUUAGAACAGGCCCUAACUUCACAUAUACUCUAAUUAUACUACUACGUAUUAACUUUUGUCAUUGAGAAAAUACAAUUUAAUCUUUGUGAUUGAAAUCUGCAAUAAAUAUGCUUUAUUUGUUGGAAAUUAAUAUUUAUUGCAUAUUAAUUCUUACAAAAAAAUUUUUGUUAGUGCUUCCUUUUAAUUAAAAAAAUAAUACUCCCUCCGUUUUAAUAUGAUAGUCCCAUAUGGAAUCUAUCACAUAAAAUAAGAGAAGAAGAAUAUUUGGAAUCCAACAUUAAAGUAAAAAACAAUUCAUAAAUAGUUUUGCCCUAUUUAAACUUUUUUGUUUUUUUUAGGAAACCGUCAAGUAUAAUUGCAUAAUUCAAGGGAAUAAUUUCUUUACUUAUACUCAUGUCAUCAAUGCACAAUCAUUAAUUUAACCAAUUAUAAUUUAAUAUGUAUAAAAUAGAAAAUAAAAACUAAGUUAAAAGGAGAAUACAUUCAAUAUGGGUAGAUCUUUUUGAAACGCCCAAAAUAGUAUAUGAGACUAAUAAAUUGAAACGGAGGGAGUAAUAACUUGUGGUAGAAAUAACCAUAAAUUAUGUGAUUUUUUUUAAAUCAUAAAUGUUCAUCCAUUAGUCACCUGAUCCAUCCGUUUCAUCCGUGGAUGAUGGAUGGACGGAUAUGGAUGAUGAGUGAAUCAGGUGAUGGAUGGGAUGUAGAUGUAGCGAUUUGAAUGAUGGAUGGAUGCGGGUGAAGCUCCACCCGAUCCGAAUACGAUCCAUUGUCAUCUCUAAUGCAAAACGUGGAAUAAUAAUAGAAGAAUCGCGAGUCGGAAUCUCUGAAUUUUUGGACAAGUUGGUGUCAAUUUAACAAGUGACAGGUUCAUGUCAAUAUUUGCAACAUACUCUUAAGUUGGUGUCAAUGAGUGUAAUUUUGCCAAAUGAAAAACUGUAUAACUAAACAUUAUUAACUAAGCUAAUUACACGUGCAAUAAGUCUUGUAUAAUGCAAACUUACGUUAAUUUUAUUAUAAGAACGUCAAUUUAAUUUGAAGGUAACUUUAACAAUUUUUAUGAUAAUUUUAAUUCCUUAAAAGCUAACUUUUCAUUUGUAAGGAGCUUGAUUGUAUUUUAAUGUAUAGUAUUAUAUGCUAUAUGAAGGCUAAGACUAAUCUAAUAUAUACAUUUUUAAAGAUAAAAUAUUUAUGUUAGUAAAAAGACAACUUUUGUAGUGUAUAAAAGUAACUUUAAAUAUUUGUAGGGUAACUUUAACUCUUCUUACAAUAAGUUAAAUAAAGUUGCCCACUUAAUCAAGAAUUUGAUUUUGUUAUAUUGAUCUCAUUUGCAAUACUACAUUCAUGAGGAGAAGGAAGGUCUAAUCAUAUAUUGAUGCGGUUCCAAGGCAUCAAUAUUGUUAUUAUAAUUAUUUUUAUUGUUAUUUUUAGUUUAUUAUUAGAUGACCGAAUUUAUUAGGAUAUUUUUGUUAGUUUAAUUCGGUUAGUAUAAGAUAAGCUUAACUUUAAAGAUCAUAUUUGCAAAAUAUUAUCUUUACAAGUUAGAGUUAGUUUCCUAGUUAGAUUAGAAUUUGUUUUACCGAUUUUUAGGCUAAUUAUUUAGCUUAUAAAUACGUGAUGGUGUUUAACGAAAAGCAUGAUUGAUUGAUUUGAAAUUUAUAAAGUUUUACGUAAGCUUGUGCUUGUGUAUUCUUGGCCUAGUUUAGGUUUUAAGCUCGUGUUGCUUAGCGUUUCUUGACCGAGACUCAAGAUUCCAAACCUUUCAACUGCGAUUGAAGGUUAUAUCCAUCAAAAUUCAUAUCAUAUAUGAUUAUUCAUCAAUAUAUAAGUAAAACAUAUUUAUAUGAGAUUUUAUUAUAAUUUUUUAUCUUUAUUUGUAGUUUCAAAAACUAUAAUUUGUAAUAAUUUUCAUAACUUUUGAAAAUACAUAAUUGAAGAUACGAGUAAUUUUUUAAAACAUAUACUGAAAAAUGUGAUGACAUCAAGGGACACUCUAAAUUUAUUAAGUAUAUAUGUUGGAUUACAUUAUAGAUCACCAACACUUGCAUCAGCAAUAAGUAAUCUUUCCCUUGCCUUCACCUUUAUUGUAGCCAUCAUUUUCAGGAUGGAGAUAUUGAACCUACGUUCACAAAGUAGCAUACUAAAAUUGAUAGGAACCAUAGUAUCAAUUAGUGGAGCAUUCAUAUUGAUCUUCUACCAAGGACUACCAAUUAGUAAUAUAUUCCCUUCACCAACCAAGCCAUCUCUCCACUCUCUUGUGGAACUUGAUCAAACUCAACCAAAUUGGGUCCUUGGAGGGACCUUUCUCUCAAUGAGCUGCGUAGUCCUUUCACUCGCGUAUAUUACAAAGACUUGGAUUGCAAGGGACUACCUUUCUACGGUGCUAAUAAUACUUGUUACAUUUUUCUUUGAAACAAUAAUGGUAUUGUUUGUUACUUUUAUUGCAGAAAAUGAUGCUAGUGUUUGGAAACCAACCUUUGGUAUCGAAUUAACUUCUAUUCUUUUUGGGGCUAUAUCAAUUGGUACGUUAAAUAUUAUCGACACAUGGAUUUGCAAAAUGAAGGGACCAGUAUUUAUAGCAAUGUUUAAGCCACUUCAAAUGAUUAUAGCGGUAUUGUGGGAGCAUUUUUUCUUGGAGAUGUGCUACAUCUUGGGAGUGUAAUUGGAGGAUUGGUCAUAGCAGCUGGAUUCUAUACGGUGGUAAAAGGAAAAGCCGAAGAAGAGAUGCUUAAAAAAGAUGAUGAAAACAGGUUAACGUAUAUCAUAGAAGAAGAGCCACAUCCUCUAAAAAUUCCAAUGUUGGAUGACAAAAACAUGCAUGUUUAACAGUUUUUCCAGCAAUUUCUGAUAUUUGGUUAAAUCUACUAAUUAUAUAUUUUCCAAUGCAUACAAAGUAUAUGUACACAUAACACAUCUAAUUGUAUAUAACAUGAAUUCGAUUUGAAUAAUGAGUUACUCUUUUUAUUAUGGAGUACUUAUAAAAAGACUUGUAUUAUUAGAAACAAAUCAAAGAGAAAAAGUUGUAGUGGUACCCAAGUUAUCAGUUGUGCUGACAUAGACUUGCUCUAUUGUUUAAGGUUAGGCCUGGGUUAUUAAUGAAUUCAA